UAUAAAAACCGAUGCAAAGGGAGCUCAGUAUCAGUCAAAAGUCUUCCAAAAUGAAGGUAGCCGCUUGCUUGCUCGCUUUAGUUGCCCUGGCCGCUUCGGCACCUCAGCCGAGGAAGGACUUCCACGACCACUUCCAGGACUUCCUUGACUUGAUCUUCCAAGAGGCUGGGGAGCAGUUAGGGGAACUGAGUACGACGUAUCAGCAGUUCGACGAGUUUAAUGCUGCGAUGAACUACAUGCAGACCGCCGGCUUCAAGGAAAUCGUUGUGGAAAUGGAGUCGCUGCCUGAGUUCCAAGCUAUGGUUGACUUCUUGGAGACUGACAAUAUUGAUAUCACCUUCUUCCUGGACAAACUCGACGAAGUUGUCAACGCCAUCCCCAGCUCCCGCCGCAACGCCCGCCAGGCCUCCGGCACUUCUCUAACCUCCUUCAUUCAGGACAGCAUUGCCAUCUUCCCCAAAGAAAAGCUGGACGCUCUCUUCAAUCAGAAGAAGGAGGAGGAUGAGGAGUUCAGGAACGCCAUCGACAACCUGUUCUCUGACGAAUGGAAAGCUACGUUCUCCGCUCUGAUCGAGACUCCUCAGUUCCAACAGGAGGCUGAUACUCUGCUCGAAAAUGGAAUCGACCUUCAUGCUUUUGUCGACGAAAUUGUUGCUAUUUUUGGGCAGAACUAGUAAAUU